AUGAUAACGAUCUUGAAGAUUUCAGGGAGUCUAGGUGAUUUAGGCACACUUUUGCCAAUUAUGAUGUCCCUGUCGUUGAGCGGACAGAUCAAUUUGACAAGUACUCUAUGGUUUACCGGCAUAUGGAACAUUUUUUCGGGUUUGAUGUUUCAGGUACCUGUUUGCGUUCAACCUAUGAAAGCAAUUGCUGCUGUUGUUAUGACAAAAAAUAUGGAUAUUCAGGAGAACAUGUCUGCUGGUUUGGCCGUCGCAAUGUUCGUUUUUUUCUUAGGUAUAACACGAACGGUUUAUCUUGUAGGAUCAUAUACGCCGCCUGCUAUUGUGAAAGGACUACAGCUGGGCACCGCUAUACAACUCAUACUAAAGGCUCAGAAAAUGGUUCCGACGUUGGGAUGGGCAGUAGAUAGAUCAAACUGGUCCGACAAUAAUGUAUGGGUUCUUCUAUCCUUCAUAUUUGUCGUUGCGUGUUAUCGUACAAGGAUUCCCUCUGCUUUAAUCUUAUUCUUCAUUGGUUUGAUCUUUGCUCUUGUGUAUAUGUACGCGACUGCUGCUGGGAAAAAUCUGCCGCGACCCUCGGUCAUAGGCGGGCAUUAUCCAGAUAGUAUCAUUAUUCCUUCGCCAGAGCAAUUCAAAAAUGGUUUACUUAAUGCGGGGCUUGGCCAACUUCCAUUGACACUGUUGAAUUCUGUCAUUGCUUUAAGUGCUUUAAUUGAAGAGUUAUUCCCCAAAAAACACGCUAAUUCAUCCAACAUAGCUAUGAGUGUAGGUGUCAUGAAUUUAAUUGGUUGCUGGUUCGGGGCCAUGCCUGUGUGUCAUGGUUCCGGUGGUUUAGCAGGACAAUAUCGCUUUGGUGCUCGAUCAGAAGUAUCUGUUGUUUUCCUAGGACUGUGCAAACUCAUUCUAGGUAUUUUGUUUGGUGCUUCUUUGGUAGGGCUUCUGGAAGCAUUCCCCAAAUCUAUUUUAGCAGUGAUGUUAUUUAUUUCAGGUGUUGAAUUAGGUUGUGCUGCGAAAUCUGUGAGUGACAUCCAUGAAGAUGAAUUUCGGAAAAGGGAAGACUUUGUAGUGAUGCUGUUGACAACUGGGUCCUUAGUAGCUUAUUCCAAUGAUGGUAUCGGUUUCUGUACGGGUUUAGUAUCUGCAGCACUUUUAUCAAUACAGAGGUUAGGAUUGAAAACUUGGUUUCGAAACGUAACCAACAGUAUCAAGUCCAUACCCUACGUCUGGACACACCAAACAUUCAAGCCCCUUGAAAUACCCAUUGCACAACGAAUGGAAACUUCUGAAGAAGGUAUAUCUGUUGCAUCCAAUCAUAAGCAAACUUUAUAUGGCUCUCAACCAUCUGAGCCCUCAAAUCAGUCACUUUCUUCUAUCAAUAUAUCAAAUACACAAACAUUUACGAAAAAAUAA